GAGUUUCCUUCGUCAGUUCAUCAGUGCAAUAAUUGGCAUAAAAAGUAGUGUUAUAGUUUCCAUUUGUUUCACUCUCGCUACUCAACUUCAUCUGGACCAUCUCAACAUGACAGACACCAUGCAAAGGUAGCAAUUUCUUUAUCGAGGAUUUAUAUUUGCCAUAAUAACACUGUAACAUGACAUCCACUACUUUUGUCAGGUAUGCAGUUGUCACUGGAGCAAACAAGGGUAUUGGACUUGAAAUUUGCAAGCAGUUAGCCCAAAAUGGGACCAUAGUGAUAUUAACUGCUAGAGAUGCGAAAAGAGGUGUUGAGGCUCUUCAAAGUCUGAAACACUCCGGUUUAUCGGAUCGUCUCGCCUUCCACCAGCUUGAUGUGACAAAACCCAAAAGCAUUGCUUCUUUGGCAGAUUUUAUAAAGGAACAAUUUGGGAAGUUGGAUAUCUUGGUUAACAAUGCAGGGAUAUCAGGUGUAACCUUUUCAAUGGCUUCAGGUACUGAGGAAUAUUCGAGUAACAUAUGGAGUAAAGCGACUGAAACUUAUGAGUUAGCUGAAGAAUGCCUGAAAACAAACUACUAUGGCGCUAAAAGAACUACAGAAGCACUUAUUCCAUUGCUGCAAAUAUCUGAAUCACCGAGGAUUGUAAAUAUUUCCUCAUCCAUAGUCAUGUUAAAGGAUAUGGUUGGUGAACAGCUCAAAGGAGUAUUAACAGGCUUUACAACAGAGGAGAAACUGAGUGACUUGAUAAGUGAGUAUCUAAAAGAUUUUAAGCAAGGUUUACUCCAAACUAAAGGAUGGCCAACUUGCCUCUCUGCAUAUACCGUGUCAAAAGUAGCUAUGAAUGCCUACACAAGGAUUGUGGCAAACAAAUACCCAGAUUUCUGCAUCAACUGUGUUUGCCCUGGCUUUGUUAAAACAGAUAUAAACCUCAACACGGGUAAGCUAACUGUUGAAGAAGGUGCUGCAACACCAGUUAAGUUAGCAGUGUUGCCUAAAGGUGGCCCUUCUGGUCUGUUUUUCGUAAGGGGUGAACCCGCAUCUCCGGACCUUGAUGAUGGAUACAUCGGACGAUGAUAAUGCAGUGUCAUCAUAGAUGCAAUAUAUGUAGCUUUCAUAAUCCAGUCUUCAGUGCAGGUGCAAGUGUAUUUUUCUCUGAAAAAAAUUGUUGUGUACAUUCCUACUCUUAUGUGGGUAAUUUCGUUACUUCCCUACGUUACAUCAGAAAGUUGGAUAAGAUCAAGUAGUGGUAUUUUGUAAACUUCGAAUAUCUAAAGUGUUAGGACUUUAAAUCGUCUAAUUAUGUAUUUUGAAA